GUCGCCAAUGGUCUCUUCACAAUCGCCCCGAUAUUUUUCGCUACGCUCUAAAUAGCCGCCAUUUUUAUUAGGAUCUGCUCGGAGAAUUAAACUGUGCUUGCUGACGUAAAGUUGAAAAAAAUAUUGUUUGCGAACUUGUACGUGCCAAACUCUCAUCCUAAAACCCGUUCGUCUGGUUUGUUAUGAUGCAAACUGCUGCCUUUGUCGCCCUCUUGAUCACGUGUUAAUUCUGUUUAUAAACAGUCCAACCGGUAUUUUCUCUAUUUGGAUACUACUACUCGGAGUUGUACACGUAGAACGAAAUCUACGAAGUGCAGAAAAAUGAGCCUUACGAAAUUUGCUAGACUUUUUGGAGUUGCGGCUCGAGGGCCUCUCCGAUUCGAAUUAAGGGCGCUUUCGACAGCCACAGCCAAGUUGGCAGAGGAAUGGAAACCGAAAGUUCCACCACCGGAAGAAUUGCUGGUGCCUCUGACAGUGCCCACGAAGCUUCUUUUUGGGCCUGGCCCUUCGAAUCCAUCGAUGAGGAUAUACAACGCUUCUGCGAUGUCGCUUCUGGGCCAUCUGCAGGCGGAUUUUCAUCACAUAAUGGACGAAACGAAGGCAGGUCUGAAGUACGUGUUUCAGACGAAUAACGACUACACUCUCGCUAUCACUGGAGCGGGACAUGCGGCGAUGGAAGCUUCGAUCAUGAACCUUGUCGAACGAGGAGAACGCAUUCUAGUGUGUGUUAAUGGAAUGUGGGGUUCGAGGGCUCGCGAAAUUGCCGAGCGGCAAGGAUGUGAUGUACGAGUCCUUGAAAAGUCACCCGGAGAAUACUACACUCGUGAUGAAAUUGAACAGGGUCUCAAAGAACACAAGCCGUCAGUGCUUUUCAUCGUUCACAGUGAGUCUUCUUCAGGAAUAUGUCAACCAAUGGAUGACCUUGGAGCUUUAUGCCACAAGCAUAAUUGCUUAAUAAUUGUGGACACUGUUGCUUCCCUUGGUGGAACACCUUUCCUCACUGAUGACUGGGACCUGGACUGUGUCUACUCAGGCUCCCAAAAGUGUCUUGGCUCACCUCCUGGAAUCGCACCAAUUACAUUCAGCCCCAGAGCCAUGGCUAAGAUAAACAGCCGGAGAACUAAAGUACCAUCAUUUUACUUGGACAUGAUUGAACUAGGGAACUACUGGGGCUGUGAUGAGGACCCAAGAAGGUACCACCAUACUGCAGCAAUUAAUCUGGUUUAUGCACUGAGAGAAAGCCUGGCUUUGCUUGCAGAAGAGGGACUUGAGAAUUCUUGGAAAAGACAUCAUGACACCAUUGAACAUCUCUGGGCUGGACUUGAGAAGAUGGGACUGGAGAUGUUUGUUAAAGAUAAGGCUCAUCGUCUUCCAACAGUAACAAGUGUUAAAAUCCCGGAAGGAUUUCCAGAUUGGAAAGCUGUCCCAGAAUAUCUUAUGAAAAAGUACAAGCUAGAAAUUGUUGGUGGUAUGGGCCCUACAGUUGGAAAGGUGUGGCGUGUAGGAUUCAUGGGACAUAACUCGUACACCGAAAAUGUGGACACGUUCUUGCGUCUUUUCAAAGAGGCAAUAGAAGAUGUCCAACGCCGUUCCUAAAGUUCCGGCUUCGAAAAUGUGACUGAAUCGUCACUGGUGUAAAAUAGAACAUUUGGCCUCUAAAGGCAAUUUAAAUAGCGGAAAUUAAUGCAACUGUUUUGGAUGGUUUAGUAGCGGACUAGAAAUUUCACUUCAGUUGAUUUCAUCUAGAAGAAGGAAUUAAUCUGGCUAAUUGAAUACGAAUGGAUGGUGGAAAUUGAGAAAACACUUUUAGAUUUGUGGAAUAAAAUGUGUAGAAUAAAAAAGGGUUCACGUAAACAAUAGGUUUUAGAAUUCUUCUUACGUGAUUUACAGUCAUUUAUAUUGUAAAAUAAGAACGGUAUUGAAUUUUGAAACUAAAAUAAUAAACCUGCCACACUUUGAGAGGGAAAAAUGCCUGCGUGGCCUUGAACUCAGAGUGGUUUUUGCGACUGCAAAGGUUCGUUUUAAUUUUCCUGAAGUUUGACGAUAAAAUUCUAAAAAGAAACCGUUUAAGAGAAAGCCAUUCAGAUGUUAACGUUCUUGUGGUACUUUUUGUUACGUCGCACGGGGUGGUGCUAACUUUUGAGGCUAUGAAUUAAACCAUAGUACAUAUGGAGGCAUUCAAACGAAAGCUUUUAAGCAGUACUUUUGAUUUGUUCUUGUUUUAUAUGCUGUAAAUUUUAGAUAGCGGUUCUAAUUCUUAAGUCUGUAGAUAUAAACCCAAGUAAUUGAGAAUUUAUAUGAAAGCCUUGAGAAUUACUUUCGGGUCAGGCGUUUUUUGUUGGUAAAUAUUUGGGAUUUCGUGAUGUUUUCAAUUUUGGACAUGUUAUUCUAAGCGUCGCGAGGACUAUUUAGAAGUUACUUCGAGUAUCAUAGCUUCGCCAUCCAUUUAGUAACAAGGUGAAGGUUAUUUUAUAUCACAAGUAAGAUUAACCUUGGUAAGGAAAUAGAUGGUAUUCUUAUUUAAACUCAACAUGUUCACUCUGAAAAUUUCAGUGUUUUGUAAGUUGCAAAUAAAGUUUGAGUGUUUGAUGUG